UGCAUCAGAGAGAGCAAUAGAAAAGAAAGGGAGAAGCUGUUGGUGGAACCCAGGAUCUGAGCUGAGGUAGAUUUCAGUGUAUCAGUGCUGGGAGACAGUGUGUGGGUGAGUGUGGCAGGUGGGGGAUCUCCACCUGCUGAAUGAACCCUGUUAGCAUCGGGGAGUACCAUGGGCUACGGGUGGGCUCGGCCCUGCUCGGUAUUGUUGCCGGCUGCAUCAUUAUCGGGGUGUCCAGGGAAUGUGAUGCUGAUGCUGUAGGAGGAAUCUUCCUGGGAGCUGGAGGCCUCGGCAUGCUCAUUUCAAUCUAUCCCUUCAUAAAAGCUUGGCUGAAUAUCAACAACAUCCUGCCAUCUUUUGGAAACUUCAGAGUUCACCCAGCUGCAGCUAAUGCUGAUCAACCAGCUGAGACACUGAGACGAGAAGGCACUCAAAGUCAGCUCCAACUGGAGCGCUCCAAGAGCAGGAUGGGGACCUUCAUGGAGGGAGGACCAGUGGCUGAGCCCAAUCCAGAUGAGGGGACGUCUUCAGACAUGCCAGAUGUCUUAUCCAGAUGGAAAAUGAAACAGUCGCCCACUGAUCAAGACCCUCCAUGAUCUGAUCAUGUGAAAAAAGUGGACCAAUAGAGACUUCAACUCUGUCCUGUGUUUUCUGUUCAUUUGUUUGAGCUGAGCUGCAGGUUACAAUUUGCCCCUUAAUGUGUAUGCUAUCCAUGUUCUA